AUGACGACGCACUCCUCGCUUCCCAGCGUUGGAGAUGGCGAUGAGGGGGAUCUAGAUGCUUUGAUCUUGUCCACGAUGCUUCUGGCUGGGUAUAGUUUGAAAGCCUGUCUGAACAAAGCGGAAGCGGUACCGUACUAUCUACGGGAUAAUGAUGUCUACUUCCCUCCUGGACCGCAACGGGAUUUGGAUGUUCUGCAGGUACGGGUUACGGAUCUCAGGGCCCGGUAUGCAGCCAUAGUCAAGAGUAGCCGCUCCAGAAUACAAGUGCAUGCGUGGAGCGAGUCCGUUGCUCGUCUCCUCGCACAAUUCGACGAGGUGCAUAACGCAUUUGUGGACUGGAUGCAAGGACUACCGAUGGGAUGGCGAUACUCGAAGCAGAGAUUAUCGGCGAAGACUUCAGAUACGUUGGCUCUGCCAGCUGAGAUUUCAAGCGAGGAUGUCUACACUUUCAACAACAUCACCCAAGCGAUCGUCUGGCUGCAAUACCACGCCCUACAUCUCGUCGCCACAACCCUGUACUUACGCUUACUUCGACUGAACAUCCAUGACGAGCCCUGGCAGACAUAUCCCGACCCAGCCACGUCCAGCCAAACACUCCCACAAACCCUCAACAAACUAACCGCAUCCUUUAUCCUCAAGAUCCCCUUCUUCUACCACCACAGACGCUUGACCCCACGAAAAGCCCUAAUACUAGCCUGGCCAAUCACAAUCGCCGUUGGGACAAAAGCCUUCUCCGACAAGCAAGAGGCGUGGUUACAGAGCCGACUAGAUGGGAUAGCGGACGUGACCGGAGCCCAGAUUUUGCGGACCAUCAGCCAGAAUCCCGCGUUCUGGUUCUGA